GCCGCUUUCUCUGUGGGGCGCCAGCCCGCAGGGACAGAGUUUGCUAGGAGUUUGUGCGGACUUCGGGCCCCGGUCCCCCGCCCCGCCGCCGCCAUGCCCGUCUUCCAUACGCGCACCAUCGAGAGCAUCCUGGAGCCGGUGGCCCAGCAGAUCUCCCACCUGGUCAUCAUGCAUGAGGAGGGGGAGGUGGACGGCAAGGCCAUUCCGGACCUCACCGCCCCCGUGUCGGCCGUGCAGGCCGCUGUCAGCAACCUGGUGCGGGUUGGAAAAGAGACUGUGCAGACAACGGAAGACCAGAUCUUGAAAAGGGAUAUGCCACCAGCAUUUAUCAAAGUGGAGAAUGCCUGCACCAAACUUGUUCGGGCAGCCCAGAUGCUGCAAGCAGAUCCUUAUUCAGUACCAGCUCGUGACUAUCUGAUUGAUGGAUCAAGAGGCAUCCUUUCUGGAACGUCAGACUUACUUCUGACAUUUGAUGAAGCGGAGGUCCGUAAAAUCAUCCGUGUCUGCAAAGGAAUAUUGGAAUAUCUGACUGUGGCGGAAGUAGUAGAGACUAUGGAGGAUUUGGUGACAUACACAAAGAAUCUAGGGCCAGGAAUGACGAAGAUGGCUAAAAUGAUUGAUGAGAGACAACAGGAACUAACUCAUCAGGAACAUAGGGUUAUGCUGGUAAACUCCAUGAAUACCGUGAAGGAGCUAUUGCCAGUACUUAUUUCAGCUAUGAAGAUUUUCGUAACCACGAAAAAUUCGAAAAGCCAGGGAAUAGAAGAGGCAUUGAAAAAUCGCAAUUUCACAGUAGAGAAAAUGAGUGCUGAGAUAAAUGAAAUAAUCCGUGUAUUACAACUCACUUCCUGGGAUGAAGAUGCCUGGGCGAGCAAGGACACUGAAGCCAUGAAAAGAGCUUUAGCCUUAAUAGAUUCAAAGAUGAACCAGGCAAAAGGUUGGCUGAGAGAUCCAAAUGCACCUCCAGGGGAUGCUGGUGAGCAAGCAAUAAGGCAGAUCCUCGAUGAAGCUGGAAAAGCAGGAGAACUGUGUGCAGGCAAAGAACGCAGGGAGAUUCUGGGAACAUGCAAAACGCUGGGCCAGAUGACUGAUCAACUGGCUGACCUCAGAGCUAGAGGACAGGGUGCUACACCCAUGGCUAUGCAGAAAGCGCAGCAGGUGUCACAAGGACUGGAUUUGCUCACUGCAAAAGUGGAAAAUGCAGCCCGCAAAUUGGAGGCCAUGACAAACUCUAAGCAGGCAAUUGCUAAGAAGAUUGAUGCUGCUCAGAAUUGGCUUGCAGAUCCUAACGGGGGCAGUGAAGGAGAAGAACAUAUUCGGGGAAUUAUGGCUGAAGCAAGGAAAGUUGCAGAAUUAUGUGAGGAGCCUAAAGAAAGAGAUGAUAUCCUUCGUUCCUUGGGGGAAAUCUCUGCUUUGACAGCUAAGCUGUCGGAUCUGCGACGACAUGGGAAAGGUGACUCUCCUGAGGCCCGUGCGUUGGCUAAGCAAAUAGCUACAUCACUUCAGAAUUUACAGUCCAAAACAAACAGGGCUGUAGCAAAUACUAGGCCAGUUAAAGCAGCUGUCCAUUUGGAAGGCAAGAUUGAGCAAGCUCAAAGAUGGAUAGACAAUCCUACCGUUGCCGAUCGGGGAGUAGGCCAGGCAGCAAUUCGGGGUCUGGUUGCAGAAGGUCGUCGUUUAGCUAAUGUCAUGAUGGGACCUUAUCGUCAAGACCUGCUUGCCAAAUGUGACCGUGUAGACCAGCUGGCUGCUCAGCUAGCUGACCUUGCAGCAAGAGGGGAGGGAGAAUCUCCUCAGGCCAGGGCAAUUGCUGCUCAGCUUCAGGACUCACUGAAGGAUCUUAAAACACGGAUGCAAGAGGCAAUGACCCAAGAGGUUUCUGAUGUUUUUAGUGACACUACAACUCCUAUUAAAUUGUUAGCAGUAGCAGCCACUGCUCCUUCUGAUGCUCCCAAUAGAGAUGAGGUGUUUGACGAAAGAGCAGCAAACUUUGAAAACCAUGCUGCUAGGCUGGGGGCUACAGCAGAAAAAGCAGCUGCAGUUGGAACUGCAAAUAAAACUACUGUGGAGGGCAUUCAAGCAACAGUGAAAUCAGCAAGGGAGCUUACCCCACAGGUAGUAUCAGCUGCUCGUAUCCUCCUGAGAAAUCCUGGAAAUCAAGCUGCUUAUGAACAUUUUGAGACCAUGAAAAAUCAAUGGAUUGAUAAUGUAGAAAAAAUGACAGGGUUGGUGGAUGAAGCAAUUGAUACUAAAUCUCUGUUGGAUGCAUCAGAAGAGGCUAUUAAGAAAGAUCUUGACAAAUGUAAAGUUGCGAUGGCCAAUAUUCAACCUCAGAUGCUGGUAGCUGGUGCCACCAGCAUUGCUAGACGAGCAAACCGCAUCCUACUGGUAGCAAAACGGGAGGUUGAAAAUUCAGAAGACCCUAAAUUCCGUGAGGCUGUUAAAGCAGCCUCUGAUGAGCUAAGCAAAACUAUAUCGCCAAUGGUAAUGGAUGCUAAAGCUGUAGCAGGAAACAUUUCUGAUCCUGGUUUGCAGAAGAGUUUCUUGGAUUCUGGAUACAGAAUUCUGGGAGCUGUGGCCAAAGUCAGGGAAGCCUUCCAGCCUCAGGAACCAGAUUUUCCCCCUCCUCCUCCUGACCUUGAGCAGCUUCAUCUGACUGAUGAGCUUGCUCCUCCAAAACCACCACUUCCAGAAGGUGAGGUUCCCCCGCCCAGACCACCACCCCCUGAAGAAAAGGAUGAAGAGUUCCCAGAGCAGAAAGCAGGAGAAGCUAUUAAUCAGCCCAUGAUGAUGGCUGCUAGGCAGUUGCAUGAUGAAGCCCGGAAAUGGUCUAGCAAGGGUAAUGACAUCAUUGCUGCUGCUAAACGAAUGGCGCUGCUAAUGGCAGAGAUGUCACGCCUGGUGAGAGGAGGUAGUGGAAACAAGCGUGCCCUUAUUCAGUGUGCAAAGGAUAUUGCUAAGGCAUCAGAUGAAGUCACUCGAUUAGCCAAAGAGGUAGCAAAGCAGUGCACUGACAAGCGCAUUAGAACAAACCUCUUGCAGGUCUGUGAGCGAAUCCCAACCAUCAGUACACAACUCAAAAUUCUUUCCACUGUCAAAGCUACCAUGCUAGGCAGAACUAAUAUCAGCGAUGAAGAGUCGGAACAGGCAACUGAGAUGUUGGUUCAUAAUGCCCAGAAUCUCAUGCAGUCUGUGAAGGAAACUGUGAGAGAAGCUGAAGCAGCAUCCAUUAAGAUAAGAACAGAUGCUGGAUUCACUCUUCGCUGGGUCAGAAAGACCCCAUGGUAUCAGUAAACACUUGUCACAUAAGUAUUGUUUUCUGUAACAUAAAAUGCCUUUUUUUGGAAUCAGAAGAGAUAUGUUAACAGCAAAAGGUGCUGUAUACAUGAGCUUCAGAUUAGCUUAUGCUAAUGCCCCAUUCUAAGGGUAUGAAUUAUAAAAGAAUGCAUUUCAAAUGUCUUUGGGACGCAUUUGAUAUCGAACACCUCAGAAUUGCUUCCAACAGUAGACAGUUCUUACCUUUUAUUUUGCUUUUGAAGAUUGUCUUCAUGAAUUCUGUACUCCCAGAAGCACAUUUCAUUUAUGCACUGUAUAUUCCAGUAGUUUCCAUGUGACAAUAUAAAACAUGGACCUCACUUUAAGUUUGUGUUGAGAGUCUAGGACACUAUUGGUUACUUGGCAGUUUUUUAGGGACAAUCACUGAUAUAGGAACAUUCAACUUAGCAACAGGAUUUUAGCUGGCUGUUCUUAAACCAUGUGGAAAUGAUAGAAGGUGUGGG